GUGUAUGUUUGUUUGUGUGUAUGCGCAUGUGAUGUGUGUGUGUGUGUGUGCGUGUGUGUGUGUGUGUGUAUGUGUUGCUGUUUAUAUUUUUAUUCCUUUUAUUCGGAUAUAUGUAUGUGUGCAUGCAUGUAUGUGUGUUUGAAUGUUUAUAUAUGGAUGGGUGUAUGUGUGAAUGAGUGUGUGUUUGUGUACGUAGUGCGUAGUAUGUGCGCGUGUGUGUAUGUGUGUAUAUAUGCGUUUGUGUGUAUAUAUGUGUUUAUGUGUAAGUGUAUAUAUUUGUGUGCGUGUGUAUAA